CAUGAUUCUGAUCCGAGAGAUUUCACUCUCUCAAAUUUCUCAACAAGACGAAGAAUUGAAAUGGAAGAGAGAAAGAGAGAGACUUUUGCGUAUUCACUGUAGAGAUUAAAAGGGUAAAUUAGUAAUCUUAUUUCCUCUGACGUGUACCGCCGUACCGGUAUAUGGUGGUGAGUCUAAUCUGAACCGCUCCUUUUUCCUUCCUCCUCCACUCUGCUAAUUUACGAGAAAGACUGAAAAUGAGAACUGGAAAAAUUAAUAGAUUGAUCAAGCAUUUCAGUCGUCCAGGUUUUUUGAGCCAACCUUCUGUUGCAGCCUCCGUGCUCAAGGCUGCUCCUUUGCUUAUUCCCAAGCCUGGUCAAGCUCAAUCUGGCUCUUCAGGCUCACAGUUUUCCAAGACAAUUGCACUUUUUGGUGCCGCAGCUUCCGGGUUUCUGGGGUGUGCAACAAUAGCAUAUGCUUCCGAUGAGGCUGAGCACGGUUUAGCUUGCCCUAGCUAUCCAUGGCCUCACAAUGGCAUCCUCAGUUCAUAUGAUCAUGCUUCGGUUCGUCGGGGUCAACAGGUUUACCAGGAAGUUUGUUCAUCAUGCCACUCAAUGUCACUUAUUUCGUAUCGUGAUCUUGUCGGUGUGGCCUACUCUGAGGAAGAAACUAAAGCUAUGGCCGCUGAGAUUGAAGUGGUUGAUGGCCCUGGAAAGUUGAGUGAUUGUCUUCCUCAGCCUUACGCAAACGAGCAAGCUGCAAGAUUUGCAAAUGGAGGGGCCUAUCCUCCUGAUCUAGGUCUUAUCACAAAGGCCCACCAUAAUGGUCAGAAUUAUGUAUUUGCUCUUCUAACCGGCUAUCACAAUCCUCCUCCUGCCGGUGUCAUGAUCAGAGAUGGGCUUCACCCUCAUUUCCCUGGUGGGGCGAUCGCCAUGCCUAAAAUGCUUGAUGAUGGUGCUGUUGAGUAUGAAGAUGGUACCCCUGCAACUGAAGCACAAAUGGGAAAAGAUGUGAUGACCUUUUUGUCUUGGGCUGCUGAACCAGAGAUGGAAGAACGGAAACUGAUGGGUUUCAAAUGGAUCUUCGUACUGUCACUUGCUCUUCUGCAAGCCGCGUACUACAGACGUAUGAGGUGGUCGGUUCUUAAACCGCAUAAGGUGGUCCUUGAUGUAGUCAAGUAAAUAGCAUGGCUUUCUUGCAUCAUGGGGUUGAGAUCGGGCUUUUGCUUUUGUACUCCGUAUGAGAUAUACUGCAUCAUGUAAAGAUACAGAUUUUCAAUUUCCCUGGGUGGUGCUUCGGGACGAUUCAAAUCAAAUGUACCAAUAACUUUUAUCAUCCCUCCAGUUAGCAGCA